GGUCAAUUGCGAUGCCACUUUCAGGCAUACGUUUAGGACGACAUACCGGUGGGGCCUGAGGGCCCUUGUGAGGGAACUGAAGCAGUUGAGAGAUCGACAGCAAAUUUCGGAGAUGCCGCCGAAAGGAAAAAGCGGUUCUGGAAAAGGGGGGAAAGGAAAAGCAGCCUCUGGGAGUGAGAGUUCUGACAAGAAGGCUCAGGGUUCCAGAGGUGGUGGCAAUGCAGUAAAGGUCAGACACAUUCUAUGUGAAAAACAUGGAAAAAUCUUGGAAGCCAUGGAACAGUUAAAGUCUGGAAUGAAAUUCAAUGAAGUGGCUGCACAAUAUAGUGAAGAUAAAGCCAGGCAAGGGGGCGACUUGGGUUGGAUGACCAGAGGGUCCAUGGUGGGACCAUUUCAAGAAGCAGCAUUCGCCUUGCCUAUAAGUGUGCUGGAUAAGCCUGUGUUUACAGACCCUCCAGUUAAGACAAAAUUUGGGUAUCAUAUUAUAAUGGUUGAAGGGAGAAAAUAAAAUUGUAUGAAAGACUACAUAUGUUUUAUACAUUGUUUAUUUCUUUAAAAGGUGUUGAAUAAUGCUUGUAGUUUAUGAACUCUGUCAUCAUAGGUUUGUGGGUACAAAUUCAGGUGGGUAAAUGUUGGUGUGCAUGGCAGCAGGUAUUUAGUUGGUAGUUCUUUAAGAUAAGUCAAGCAGACUCCUUUUAACCUGUUAGUCUCUUCCCUCUGAGAACUGCUUUAUCUGAUUCUCAGUAUAUCCCAUAAGUUUAUUUAGAAACCGUCUCUAGAGCAGCCAAAUAUCAGCUCACACAAUUCACACAUUGAAUUGGACAUCAAAUAGAUUGACUAGCAUAUGAAAAUCAUAAAAUAAAUUCCUAGACAACACUUGUUUUAGAAGCUAGCCAACACUGACCUGCCAGGACAGUUGUUAUUGGCUCCAUUGUCAUAACAUAGCACAUGGCACAUAAUGGACAUUCAACAUUAACUCCUUUCUUUUUAAAUGUUUAUUGGAAGAAAAAAGGCACUCGGUUCUUCCAUCAGUUGUUUGUACUAGACUAAGCAGCAGCCAUUCACCAAGUGUUUAUUAAAGGGAGAAAUGUGGGAAUUCCCUGGCGGUCCAGUGGUUAUAGCUCAGCACUUUUACUGCUGGGCCCAGGUUUGAUCCCUGGUUGGGGAACUAAGAUCCCACAAGCCAUGGGGCCAAAAAAGAAAAAAAAAAGGGAGACAUGUUAGCCUAAAAACAUUCCCUCAUCCUCAAAUGUACGGGUUAUGUAAUGACAGUCCCUUCCAGGGCCAAUGUUCUGUGUAUCUACAUUUUUUUUAAAUUUAUAAUGCCACAUUUAUGACAUACAAAAGUGUAAAUAUUAUAAAUACUAUACUGCUUCAAAAAUAAAACUUUGC